UGGCGCCAAAUAGUUUUAUCCCAGUCGGGGAGUUUUAGUUUUCCGAGAAGCCCGCCACUGGUUUGCUUUUUUAUUAGGUAUUUGGUGAAUUUUAUCACUUUUCUGCAACUUACUGCUCAAGUGUUUUUCAAGAAAAUGAUUGGACAGAAAACUAUUCAUUCUUUUUUUUCGCCCGUCUCGAAAAAAAGGAUUUCUAAGGAGUUAAAUGAAACCGAGGAGGAUGCUAAAGACCCGAAGAAGCCGAAGCCCUCAGCGGUGGAGUCGAAGCCGUCCGGUCCUCCUCCUAACCCUCUGUCCCCGGAGCAGCUGGACAAGAUCGCCCGCAACAAGAGAGCAGCGCUUGAGAAACUCGCUUCCGCUCAUACACCUCCAGGUUUCGGGGAGAGCUGGAGGAAAGGGCUGUCUGCAGAGUUUGGGAAGGCUUAUUUUAAACAAUUGAUGAAUUUUGUUUCUGAAGAGAGGAAACGCCACACUGUGUACCCACCUGCUGAACAUGUCUUCACCUGGACACAGACGUGUGACAUCAGAGAUGUCAAAGUGGUGAUCCUUGGCCAGGAUCCGUAUCAUGGCCCUAACCAAGCCCAUGGCCUGUGCUUCAGUGUCAAAAGACCAGUACAUCCUCCACCCAGUUUGGAGAACAUGUAUAAAGAACUGGCGUCAGAUAUUGAAGGCUUCCAGCACCCUGGACAUGGAGAUCUGACUGAAUGGGCCAAACAAGGGGUGUUGUUGCUCAACGCUGUGUUGACCGUCCGAGCGCACCAGGCCAACUCGCACAAAGACAAAGGCUGGGAGACCUUCACUGACGCCGUGGUGCAGUGGCUCAGCAACAACCUGGAGGGCCUCGUCUUCAUGCUGUGGGGGUCAUAUGCUCAGAAGAAAGGAGCUGCUAUCAACAGGAAACGCCACCAUGUGCUGCAGGCUGUGCAUCCCUCUCCCUUGUCUGCUCAUCGUGGAUUCUUUGGGUGCAGGCAUUUUUCAAAGGCCAACGAGCUGCUAGAGAAAUCUGGAAAGUCUCCCAUUGACUGGAAGGCACUUUAAGUUGUUAUGUCAUGUCAGCUUUUCUACCGUGUGUGACAAUUAACUACAGACCAAAACCCACCUAUAAGCUUUCUCAGUUUCCUGUCUCAGCAAUAUGUGCAGUAGUUUUUGUAGUAAAAGAAUUCAUGUUGGCAUUUUGUUCUAUACACUGAAUUUUCUGAAAAGCCUUACUGUUGAGGUGCAUAUUUGUAUCUUCCGCACUUGUCAGUUUUGUUGUAAAUAUGUUUGUGUACACAAUUGGUCCUUUUAUUUUUCACAUUAAAGUUUGCCCUUUUUGGGUUUUUUUGUUUUGUUUUGUUUUUUUUUUUUAACUUUUUUUUUUUACUGAAAUGUUGGUUCCAUUAAAAGUGGUUCCUAAAGGUG